AUGUGGCUCUGGCGGGUUUCGAAGAGGCUGAGGCCACUUCACCAGCACCAGCUUUUGGCUGUGCGCGGUGCGAAGAUCUUGCGAUGGGAGUGCGAUACUCCGCUGGCUCGGGAGAUGGCAGCAUAUCCCGAGGCAGGUGACUUCUUGUGCUUCUGCUUGGAGAGAAGUGGAGACUUCUCGAAGCGAGACUGGCUUGCAUCCUUGACCCUGCUGACGGUGCGAAAGCGCUUCAGCACAUCAUUGCCGCAAUUCCAGGAGUACAGUCAGCUGUUGGUCUCGAAGGCAGAUGUACACUUCCAGGAUAGUGUGCACCUUCUUCUCCACCGAUACGGCGUUCUGGGCUAUGCUCCGGCGGUGUGGAGGCUGCUUCCACUGAUGGUGGCUCGCAUACCUCUUAUGACCCCGAAGCAGUUGGCGCUCUGUGCUUGGGGCCUCGGGCGAACGUUGGUCCACGACGACCAGGCCUGGACUUCCCUCGGCGCUGCUCUCCGUGCCCGGGCGCAGGACUUCUUGCUAGCAGACUUGGCAAUGUACGCUUGGGGCUUGGCGGCAGUUGAUCGUGUGUCACCUUCCGAAGUUGUGGUGCUGAAGCAAUCAGUCCGGAAUUUACUCUUUGGGCAGAGUCUGCCUGAGUCGAGCCACAACCUCUGCAUUUUGCUGAAAGCACUUGGAAAGCUGACGCCCGACGACCGGCGAUUCCUUGAGUGGCUUCUGUUGCUCAUGCUGGAAGCCAUGGAGAUGCGCUCCAUUUCUUUUGCAGCACAGGGCCUCACGAGCAUCUGGGCGGCUCUAGGCAUGCUGAAAUGGCGGCCGGAGGAACGUAUGCUAGAAGUUCUCUGCGAGGAGUCACGGCGAUUACGCCUGGACCACACAUUCAAUCAGGACAUGGCAGCAGAGCUCGCGAAGGCUCUUCUGAUUCUGGACGUGGACGAUGCCAGGCCCGUGUAUCAAGUGGCCGACUACGUUGCGAGGCGGGGUCUUUCCCUUCGAGCCGACACGCUGUUGGUACUUGCGGAAUUCUUUGCAGCGCGGGGUGUGAACCAUGACUUGGCGUGGAAGAGAUUAGGCGUGCGAGCUCAGCAGCGUGGAGUGGACCUUCGUCUGCAUGAUAUCGACCGCCUCGUGGCAGCCUUUCGCCGUGCAGGGCGAGGCAAUCAAAGGAUCUAUGGCAUGCUGAGCUUGUUUCUUCGGCUGCGAGAGGACCAAGCGAAGUACGGUGCCGCGUGA